AUGUACCCGGGUAUUCAAGUCAGCUUACGUUUUCGAACCGUUUGCACGCGUCUCCCUGUUCAUGGCGCCAAACCUCGCAUGACAUUGGUGCCCGAAAGUGUCCUUGUUCGACCAUGCGCGACUCGCAAACCCAUCAUGGUGCAACGAUCGUUCCAUGCCGCUCGUCGUUCCAACAAUGCUCGAAUGUUGCGUAGUGCAGAAUCGAAAGCAACCACGUCCAGUGCUAAUGCUGCUGCCGAAAGCGAAUCUUCAAGCAUGACUUCACGAGCUGCUCAAUUGGCCAAAGAACAAGCUGGUACUACUGCAAAGGCAUCCACAACCGCUUCUACCAUGAGUGCAGCAGCAUCAGCAUCAGCAGCACCUGCCACAACCAAGCCCAAAAAGUCACUAUGGCAAAAGGUCAAGGAUGAAGCAACACAUUAUUGGCAUGGUACCAAGUUAUUGGGACUCGAAGUACGCAUUUCAUCCAAGCUUACUUGGAAACUAUUGAACGGUGGUCAUUUGACUCGAAGAGAAGCGCGUCAGCUUCGUCGUACUACAUCUGAUAUUAUGCGAUUGGUGCCCUUUGCAGUCUUUGUAUUGGUGCCAUUCAUGGAAUUGUUGUUGCCCGUUGCAUUGAAGUUAUUCCCAAACAUGUUGCCAAGUACAUAUGAAAGCAAAUCCACAGAGGAGGAGAAAAAGCGCAAGCUACUCAAAGUCAGACUGGAGAUGGCCCGAUUCUUGCAAGAAACUAUUGCCGAGUCUGGAUUCCCUGGUUCUGAUAAUUCACAUGCAGCCAAGGAUUUCUCUGACUUUUUCCGCAAGAUCCGCAUGACCGGUGAACAAGCAUCUACAGAAGAUUUAUUAAAGGUGGCUCGACGUUUUGAAGAUGAAUUGACUUUGGACAACUUGUCACGACCUCAACUCGUUUCCAUUUGCAAGUACAUGAAUAUCAAUGCCUUUGGUACAGACAACUUUUUACGUUUCCAAAUCCGUAAUCGUAUGCGACAAAUCAAGGCGGAUGACAAGGUUAUUCAAACCGAGGGUAUUUCCUCCUUGACUUUGCAAGAAUUGCAACAUGCAUGUGCUGCUCGUGGUAUUAGAACUACCGGAUCCUCUCCAGGCCGUCUUAGAGAUGAACUUGCUCAAUGGAUUGACCUCAACUUGAACCACCGCGUUCCUACCACCUUGAUGAUUCUAUCACGUGCUUUCACAUUCACAGACCGUGCCCUCACCACUGAAGAUGCCUUGCGUGCCACCUUUAACAGUUUGCCUGAUAAUUUGGUCAAUGAAACUGAAUUACAAGUGCUUGAAUUGGUGGGCCAGAGUACCUAUAAGCAAAAGUUGGAUGUCUUGGAGCAACAACAAGAAUUGAUUGAGGAUGAAUCUGAACAAGAAGAAAAGGAGGCCAAGGCAAGACGUGAGGCAGAAGAAGCUGCACGUGAAGCUGAGGAAGCACAAGCCAAGCAACAAGAAAUGGAGCAAAAAGAAGCUGAAAAACGUGAUCAAUUUGUUCCUGAUGCCAAGGCCGAAGAAGCUCCUGCCAAGAAGUUGGAUGAAAAGCUUUCUACUGCAGAGCAACAAGAAUUGCAAGAUGCAUUGGCCAAGUUGCGUACCAAGGUGGAUGUUCUUGAAGAACGAGCACAACUUAAUGAGAUCAAGUUCAAUUAUGAGGAUUACAAGGACUUGAUUGAACAACUCAAGGAAGCUACCCAUCGUGAUGCUGACAAGGCCAGCCGACGACUUGGAAAGAAACUUGAAAAGAUGCUAAGCGAGAUUGAUCGUGAGCUGGAUACAUUAGAGAAGGAAGAGAAAAUUGAUAAAAAGAGUGAACAGGAAUAG